AUGUGCUCUUUUCAUCCAUGUCUGUAGGAAUGGAAUCACAAGGUAAAGGGAAGAAGAGACCUCUUCCAGCCUGGAUGAAGGCAGUCGGUGAUCAGGCUCAGAAGAAAACUAGCAAAGCAGAUACUGCAGAAUCUUGUAAACAGGACAAAGAUAAUGAUAGCUCUGUACCUGAUGCUGAGUGUAUUGUAAAUGAAAAUGCGACUGAUAAAUCUAAUGCCAGAACUGAAAUUGGAGAAAAUUCUGCCAUGAAAUCGUCUGAUGAUGAACCAGUCAAACUUAGUGCAGCUGAGUUUAUAGCACAGUCCAUGCCAUUUUUGACCUUCUCUGGCUCUGUCGUUUAUUCUUACCAAGAAUCUGACUGUGCUUUAAUUUGUCGGCACAUAUUGUCAUCAUUGAAUGAUGAAGAGAAAACUAUUAUUGGGUUUGACAUGGAGUGGCCCGUGUCUUACCAGAAAGGUGCUAAGGAUAAGACUUCACUUAUUCAGAUGUGCAUUCACAAAACAUGUUACUUGUUUCAUAUAUCCGCUAUGUAUUCGAUACCGAAAACUUUGUUAACUCUAAUACAUGACCAUCGAGUUUUACUUGUGGGUCUGAACAUUGAGGCAGAUUUGUGGAAGCUUGCAAGAGAUUUUAGCAUAAAUGUAAAGCCUAUUUUUGAUAGAAAGGCUGUGAUAGAUGUUGGUAAACUUGCCAACGAGAAGCUGAAAUCUUCUGAAAGAUGGAGCUUAGAAGGCUUGUGUAAGAAUGUCCUCAGGAAACGCUUGGACAAAGACAGUCAUGUGAGGUGUGGGAACUGGGCAGAGUUCCCUCUCACACAAGAGCAGAAAAUGUACGCGGCAACAGACGCGUUUGCCGGUCUUUUGCUGUAUCAGCAUCUUAAUGAGAAAUGAUACAUUUAUGUUAUACUCAAUGUUUUUUAAACUUUUCGCUACCACGUUGUAUUGGAACAUUUUUAAUAUUUAUUUUCGUUUUGGUUUUUGUUUCCUGAGCUUUGCUUCUCUGUUGUUGGUUUGUUUUUUCAUGCUAAAGAAAAUAUAGUAACACACUAUAUUCAGAAUGUCCUCAGAAAAGUUUGGACAAAAACAGUCUGACACUGUACACAUUUAGUGCUGGGAAAAAGUAAGCAGACAGACAGAAACAACAGAAGAAACGAAAAAAAGAGUAAGACCUCUUAAAGCAAUGCCUUCUGUAGCCACAGUGUAAGAUGUUCUGGUGCAGGGAACCACACUUGAUGUUCUUAAUCUCAAGUGGACUGCAGGGUACAGUCAAAAGUAUGGAUGGCUACCCAUUGUUGCGGAGAAAAUUGAUUGUCUUCGACAGGUGGUCGUCUUGGACAGUUUCAUUAUGAUUAUGAUAUAUAAAAAAAAAA